AGCAACGGUCCCGGCUUCUCCCGCCUCCGGCUCUGGGUGCCAAUCGUCGAGGCGUCACCCGGACGACGACCCUACCCCUUCCGGUGCUAGCCCCUCCACUUCCGGCUGGGGGGUCCGGCGGUGGGCGGUCGGGCUGCGGGGCGGCCCCGGGGGGCGGCCAAGAUGGCGGCGGGCGGCGCGGAGGGCGGCCCGGGCCCCAGCGCCGCCAUGGGCGACUGCGCGGAGAUCAAGUCGCAGUUUCGCACCCGCGAGGGCUUCUACAAGCUGCUCCCCGGCGACGCGACGCGCAGGGCGGGCCCGACCUCCGCUCAGACCCCGGCGCCGCCUCAGCCCACUCAGCCCCCGCCCGGGCCCGCCGCAGCCUCCGGGCCUGGCGCCGCGGGUCCCGCGUCGUCCCCGCCGCCCGCCGGCCCUGGGCCGGGGCCCGCGCUGCCCGCCGUCCGCCUCAGCCUGGUGCGCCUGGGCGACCCGGAGGGCGCUGGGGAGCCGCCCUCCACGCCCUCGGGCCUGGGCGCGGGAGGAGACCGCGUCUGCUUCAACCUGGGCCGGGAGCUUUACUUCUACCCCGGCUGCUGCCGCCGCGGGAGCCAGCGGUCCAUUGAUCUCAACAAGCCCAUCGACAAGCGGAUCUACAAGGGGACCCAGCCCACCUGCCACGACUUCAACCAGUUCACAGCCGCCACAGAGACCAUCUCCCUGCUGGUGGGCUUCUCUGCCGGCCAGGUGCAGUAUCUGGACCUCAUCAAGAAAGACACCAGCAAGCUAUUCAACGAAGAGCGGCUGAUUGACAAGACCAAGGUGACAUAUUUGAAGUGGCUGCCUGAGUCAGAGAGUCUGUUCCUUGCUUCUCACGCCAGUGGCCACCUGUACCUCUACAACGUCAGCCACCCCUGCACCUCUACCCCACCCCAGUAUAGUCUGCUAAAACAGGGUGAGGGCUUUGCUGUCUAUGCAGCCAAAAGCAAGGCACCCCGUAAUCCACUAGCCAAGUGGGCAGUGGGUGAGGGGCCCCUCAACGAGUUUGCAUUCUCACCUGAUGGCCGACACCUAGCCUGUGUCAGCCAGGAUGGCUGCCUGCGUGUCUUCCACUUUGACAGCAUGCUUCUGCGUGGGCUCAUGAAGAGCUACUUUGGGGGUCUGCUGUGUGUGUGCUGGAGCCCUGAUGGCCGCUACGUGGUGACAGGAGGGGAAGAUGACUUGGUCACUGUGUGGUCCUUUACGGAGGGUCGUGUGGUGGCUCGAGGCCAUGGCCACAAGUCCUGGGUCAACGCUGUAGCCUUUGAUCCCUACACCACUCGCGCAGAGGAGGCGGUGUCAGCCAGUGCUGAUGGAGAUCCCAGUGGAGAAGAGGAGGGGCCUGAGGUCACCAGCUCAGACCCAGGAGCCCCGGUGUCCCCACUGCCCAAAACUGGCUCCAUCACAUACCGCUUUGGUUCAGCUGGUCAGGACACACAGUUCUGCCUGUGGGACCUCACAGAAGAUGUGCUCUCCCCUCAUCCAUCUCUGGCCCGUACCCGCACCCUUCCAGGCACACCUGGUGCCACCCCACCAGCUUCUGGUAGUUCUCGGGCCGGAGAGACGGGUGCAGGCCCCCUGCCCCGCUCCCUGUCUCGUUCCAACAGUCUCCCACACCCAGCUGGUGGUGGCAAGGCUGGUGGGCCUAGUGCAGCGAUGGAGCCAGGCAUACCAUUCAGCAUUGGCCGCUUUGCCACACUGACCCUGCAGGAGCGGCGGGACCGGGGAGCCGAGAAGGAACACAAGCGCUACCACAGCCUGGGGAACAUCAGCCGCGGUGGCAGUGGGGGCAAUAGCAGCAAUGACAAGCUCAGCGGCCCUGCCCCCCGCAGCCGCUUGGACCCGGCUAAGGUGCUGGGCACUGCACUGUGCCCUCGGAUCCAUGAGGUGCCGCUGCUGGAGCCUCUCGUGUGCAAGAAGAUUGCUCAGGAGCGCCUGACCGUGCUGCUGUUCCUGGAGGAUUGUAUCAUCACGGCCUGCCAAGAGGGCCUCAUCUGCACCUGGGCCCGGCCCGGCAAGGCGUUCACAGAGGAGGAGACCGAGGCCCAGGCAGGGCAAGCAAGUUGGCCCAGGUCACCCAGCAAGUCAGUUGUAGAGGGCAUCUCCUCCCAACCAGGCAGCUCCCCCAGUGGCACUGUGGUGUGAAACGUGGCUGUCCCGUGUCCCCGGCCUCCCCGCUGACCUCAAGGAUCACUGUAUUAACAAGACUAAUCAUGAUGGAGGGACUGCUCCAAGCCCACACUGCACAGACACUGGGGGCCCUCACCUAGGUUGGCCCAGCCGUGGGGAUGCAGUGUCCUGUGUGGCCUUGGCCCUGUCCUCCACCCACUGCCAAGUACAAUGACCUGUUCUCUGAAACAUCAGUGUUAACCACAUCCCUGUCCCAGCAUGUGACUGUUCACUCCUGGGAGGAACUUAGCCCAGCUCCACAGUACCCCUGGGUGAGAGGGCAGGGCAGGGGCCAUCCCCACUCCUGCCCAAACCCCACCCCUUGCUAUGGUCUGUGCUUUUGAACAGUGUUAAAUUAUGGAAGCUCCCAAGGCCUUCCUUGUUCUUGAACCUCUUAUUUAUACUAAAGUCCUUG